AUGUCUCAUCAAACCUCAUCUAUGACAUCAAGUUCAGGAUCAGCCAAAGUACAUUCAGCACAAGCUGAAAAUGUUCAUGUACAAUCAGUUGUUCAAACUGAAACUCAAUCAAAGGUUAGCAUGGAAAAUACCAAAAAAAUCAAUGAUCUUAUGGCUCGUCUUGGAUCAACACAUGUUCAAGUUGAUGAUUAUUCACGUAAACGUACCGAACAAAUUAGUGAAGCUGUAUCUGAAUCAAUAAAAAAAAUUGUUGCUGAAACACAACAACAUCAACAUUUACUUCUUGCUGACGCUAAUUCACGUACAGCUGAAAUCGAAAAUGACUUCAAACUUAAAAUUCAAGAAUAUGUUGCUAAAGUUGAUGCUGAAAAAGCAACUUUACUUGCACAACUUGAAAAAGAACUUAAUGCUCGUCAAGAACUUAUUCUUGAAUCAGCACGUAUGCGUAUUGAUGAACUUAAUGAAGAAGCUAACCGUUUGAAAAUGGGUGUUCUUCGAGAAGCUCAAGCACAAAGCAGUGCUAAAAUUACUCAAAUAACUGAACAAGUUGUUGCUCUUGGACAUGAAGAUGCUUCAAAUCGUCUUGCAUCAACAACAACUACUGUUAUUACAACUAAAGCUGCAGCUACUGGUGAAACACAUGUUCAAGGUGCUGCUGUAACAGUUGGAAAAACAACUACACAUGCUGAAUCAUCCCAUUCAGCUAGCAGUUCAUCAUCAUCACAUAUGGGAGCUCAACGACAUUAA